GAAUAUAAAUCCCAUGGCGGAUAUCCAGUUACUUUAAACGAAUUAUGUUAUUCGUAUAAUCAAGAUAGUGAAACUUAUGAGGGCAAUAAGGGCUUAUCAGUUCUUUAUUGGCCUUAUUUAUUUGGUUAUUUAGCCCGUGCCAAAUGUGAUAUUAACACUAUUAGAGAAGGAACAAAAGGACGCGAUAAGACCCAUUGUUCGGGCGAUUAUCAAACGCUAAUUGAUAUGACAAUAAAAGAUGGUUACAAAGUAUUAAAAAUGAGUGCUACCUUUCCGAAAAUGGAGUUUUCUAUUGAUAGUUCUUUCCCCCGCACAAUUUCUUACACGGAUGGAUUUUUGCCACAAAUGAAUAAAGAAAGCGAUAUUGAGGAAUUUAAAACCAAAUUUGAAGCGGAUUUAAAAAAGGCCGGAGUUUGUUAUGUUUUUUUAGAUGAAACUUUACAAGAUUCUGCUCGCGAUAUAAGUUUUGCGGUGGAAAAUGCCCUAAUUUUCGGUUAUAUUUUAAUUGAUGAUUGCGAGGCUGAACCUACAAGAACGAUAACUUUAGGCUCAGCAGUAAUCAAAGCUUGCUUAGGCAAAAAAAAUAAAGAAAAAUCCAAAUCUGAUACUACGGAUAUUGAAAAUACCAAUUCUUCUUUAAAAGAUCCGGAAUUAUUAAGGAAUGCCUUAGGCUUACCUGGCGAACUGUUUGGCAAGGAACCCGAAGUUAUUUUGGUCGGAUUAAAAACUACCGAUCAUAUAGUAGGACAGACUAAAGAUAAGAGAACUAAGAAUAUUUAUGAUAUUGUGUUUAAUAGUUUUUCCGCUACAGUCAGCAACCAAAAAGAAUUUCCUGAUAAAUUAGAGAUAAAUGAGAGUUUGCCACUAAUCGAAAAUAGUGGAAUAACUAGCGAAGAAGUAAAAAUGAUUCUUAAUGGAAUUGUUAAAAAAGAGUUAGUCAAAGUUCAUGAAGAGGCAAAAAUUGCUUAUAAUCAGAAUAAUGUAGAGUAUGAUAGUGAUAAAAAAGAUGUUUUUGCUAAAGUAGUGGCUCUGUUGCGGUUUAGUUUAGAGGUUAACAUCGCAGUUGAAGGCAAAGAAUUAAAAAUUAUUAAUAUUGUCGAUAAAGAUGACAAAAAACAAAAAUAUGGGAAUAUAAAAGAAAGUAGGCGAAAAGAUUUUCCUAGACUAGCAACCAUUAAAACAUGCAAAGAUCUUGUUGCUCUUUCUACUUAUAGCGAGAGUAAAACUACUAGAGAGUUUAUUACUUUCGAAAGCGAAAUAUUUUUGUGGACUGUGGACUCUACUUUAUUAGCCGAGUUAGAUAAACUAUUGGCCGAAUGGAGAGCAAAUACUCCUCUAACAACUAUAGAAGAGGUUUUAUGUUGGGAGAGAAAUUAUCAACUAUUAAAGAAAUUUGCCAAACGAAAGGUCCGCCGACUUGAAAAUGUUGAAAAAGACAUUGAAAAUCACCAAUAUACUUUUUUUCCUUUAACUCUGAGUAGUCAUCCAGAAGAGAAAGAAAAAAUAAUACCUUUACUCAACAAAAUUUUUGAAGAAUUACCAACCAUCCGCGAUAUUAUUCCUAAAUCUACUCAACUGAAUGAACACGAUUGUGGUGUUUAUCUAAUUAAGUAUAUUGAACAUUUGCUAAAAGAAAAUGGACUUUGGGGUGAUUCUUUGCAAGAUUUUGAAAUUACUCAGCAAGAUAUUAUUGAGUUUCGCAGUAUGGCCAAUGAAGCAAUAAAAGAAGAAAUUCAAAAAUUAAAAGAAAAAUAUGUUAAAUUAGAGGAAAGGAUAAAUAAUAUUUUGUCAGAAAAUGGUGUGGAAAAUGAUAUUAAACUUAGUGAAUUUAUUAACAAUUUGAAAGUUGGAAUUGACCAAAAAGAGGAAAAGAUUGCUCAACUCCAAGAGCAAAUUAAUGAAAACCAAAAAACAGAUGAUGAUAAAAUAGCCAAAUUAAAAAGAGAGUUGGCUCAAAAAGAAAACCAAUUAGCCCAAACCAUCAAAGACUUCCAAGAAAAAGAACAAACUCAAAAACAAGAAUAUUUACAACUUUUAACUAAAAAAGACCAAGGCUGA